UCAUAACUACGGAAGCACGAGAAGGGGGGCGGAUGGCAAUCACUUACACUCCGGGUGGUGAGACGUUUUGAGCUGUGUAGGCAAGUUGGAAAAAUAGCAGCAUUGUGGCCUCUUCUCUGAGCCAUCCCUUUUAAGAUUUACAGGUGGAGCCUGCCUACGUGAGCAUGCUUGCUGUUCUCCUGCUUGUCAUCGUAGGUUCUGUCAGCGGGACCGAACUCUACAAGGAAUCAUUUCUCAAUGACUACACGGACGCCUUCUUGGAUGUAGUGUUGCCGAUCAAUUUAGGGAAACGACCUGCUGCCUACCCGCUCGAAAGCUUUAACGUCAAAGUAUUGAAGACUUGGUACACAAACAGAGAUCUCAAGGCCGAGUUCCACAACGGAAGACUGACGGGUCUAAAGCAAGCGCGUGCCUUGAGGAAGGUUGGCGAUUGCAGUCGGCUUCAGGAAGGAACGACCGUCACCUGGAGUUGUACGGUGGAGUUCACAGCUCUGAAAGCAGCGUACGACGGGACUGCCAGAGGAGAGAACUUGGCUGGCAUUAACAGGAGCCUUAACUUUGAGGCCAAUUUCCUGCAACCGAGAGGUGUCGUCGAGAUACAGUUCUUUCGAAGUACCCUGCCGGUUCUCAAAUCUUGGAGGGUCCUUCCCUUGAACAUGAGCUUCUCCUUUUCGAGGGAACCAGACCUGAAUGACCAACGCAGGAAGAGCUUGGAAGAUGAACUGAAGAGGAACAUCGGUGUCUCAGUCACACGCGUACUCUACGGGCCGUUCCAACAGGACCUCAACACUACCGUUUCGGAUGCCAUGUCGUACGUCCUUCUCACUGGAGAUAAUUUCAAAUAAACGUCUCUUGUCAGUCUUA